AAGCUUUCCUCUUUGGCCUGGUUUUUCUUAAAACACAACAUGCUGCUGCAUGUUUGGUCGGGUAAGGAUUAUUUAAAGGAAAUGCCGGAGCCACCCUUAUAUGGUCCUGCUAAUACAUUUAAAGUUUUUUCAAAUGACACUUAUCGUCGUCCUUUAAAGUUUAAAUUGGAACCUUUGGCUCAUAAAACGGGUGUGCUAUUAAUGGAUUUUAAUACUCCUUGUGGUUUAAAUGUUUUACGAUGGUCUGCUGCCUCGGAAAAUAAUUAUUUUACUACUAAUAAAUUUUGGCUAUUGACAACUAAAGAUUUCUCCGAUUUGUCGGCACUUAACGAUGAGGAUAUAUUUUUACCCCCCGAUGGAGAAGUUAAAGUUUUAGUACAAGAUCAAAGCAAAAGAUUUUCCCUACUAGAUAUUUAUAAAGUAGCGGCCUUUAAGCCUCUAAAACUUAAUUUUGUUUUGCAGAAUUUUACCGAAGUUAAGCAUAUGUUAAGAGCUUUAAGGAGCUAUGGUUCGGUAAUAUCUUUAAGAGAGAAUUUAGAGAAUAUAACUUUUAAUACCGGCAUAGUAAUAGCCUUUCCCGAUAUGUUUACCAAUUUAGAAGAUUUAAAUAUGCGUCAUAUUGAUACCAUAUCGAAAGUUAACAAUCGUUUGACCAUAGAACUGGCCAAUAAGCUAAAUAUGCAUUUCAAUACUCACCAAACCGACAGCUAUGGCUGGCAUCAACCGAAUGGUUCUUUUGAUGGUCUAAUGGGUCAAUUUCAACGUUAUGAAAUGGAUUUUGGUCAACUGGCGAUUUUUAUGCGUUUAGAUCGUAUGGCUUUAUGUGAUUUUGUGGCGGAAACUUUUCGUAUUCGUGCUGGCAUAAUGUUUAGACAGCCUCCCUUAUCAGCAGUGGCGAAUAUAUUUGCCAUGCCUUUUGAGAAUGAUGUUUGGAUUUCUUUGGUCGUUUUAGUAAUUGUUACCAUUUGUCUAUUUGCUUUGGAAUUGUUAUUUUCACCUCAUAAUCAUCAAAUGGAUUAUUUGGAUUGUGCUGUUUUUGUUUGGGGUGCCAUGUGCCAGCAGGGUUUCUAUGUGGCAGUGGGUAAUCGUUCGGCUCGUAUUAUAAUUUUUACCACUUUUGUGGCAACUUUAUUUUUGUUUACCUCAUUUUCUGCUAAUAUUGUGGCUCUAUUGCAGAGUCCUUCGGAAGCUAUACAUACUUUAAAGGAUUUAAGUCAAUCUCCUUUGGAAAUCGGUGUACAGGAUACAGUCUAUAAUAAAAUAUAUUUUAAUGAAUCUACUGAUCCUGUUACUAAUCUUCUGUAUCAUAAGAAAAUUGCACCCAAGGGUGAUAGUAUUUAUAUGAGACCUACAAUAGGUAUACAGAAAAUGCGUUCCGGUAUGUUUGCCUAUCAAGUGGAACUUCAUACAGGAUAUCAAAUUAUCAGUAAUACUUUUAGUGAACCAGAAAAAUGUGGUCUUAAAUCUUUGGAGCCUUUUCAAUUACCCAUGAUAUCCAUACCUACACGUAAGAAUUUUCCCUACAAGGAACUCUUUAGAAGACAAUUAAGAUGGCAACGUGAAGUGGGUCUUAUGAAUCGUGAAGAUCGCAAAUGGUUUCCUCAAAAACCUAAAUGUGAGAGUGGUAUGGGCGGUUUUGUUUCCAUAGGCAUAACAGAGUGUCGUUAUGCUUUAGCCAUAUUUGGUUUUGGUUCUUUAUUUGCUGGCGCUGUGUUUUGUGUCGAGUUGCUAUUGAAGCAUUCGUUUAAAUUGUGGAAAUUUGUGAAGAAAUGAAUUGAUGAAUGGAAUGACAGAUUUUGAA